AUGGUAUGCGAUGAUAUAUUCUUCGAAAUCAAUCUGAAGGUGAAGGAUGUGCAUGGGAGGACUGUUGAUGAUGAUAGACUCAGUAAAGGCCUGAUGGAGGUGGAUGCUAUCCGCAGGCUGGAAUAUAGUCCCAGAUAUGUGGUUGAAACGGAAACACUUGUCAGCAUGCACAGCAUAUUGGAUUUAAACUAUACAUUCGUAAGGAGGUCGGUGGAGGCCACUAUUGAGAUCAGGAUCCUUGAGGGACCUGAUGAAUUCCAUGGGAAGAUUGUUGCUUCCACUACCAGUAUUCCAUGCGACAUUGUGCUACAUGAUAGCAAAGUGAGUGGUGCCCUAACUGCAGGUGACAAUGGAGUCAUACAAACGGCGCGGCACGUAGUAGGAGUCUCUGUGGAUGAGAUUCUGGUGUUGACUGUUGCUGCUGCUGUCGGUGAUGAUGAGUUAUCUGUCGUCACUAUUGAGUUUACUCCAAGUCGCAAUGGUUACGAUGAUGGGAGUAUCACCUGCGGGGACUACAAGAUGCUUCUGAAGGUCACUUGGGCGAUUAUGUAA